AUGGGAGAAAUGGCACAAACAUCCGAGAGUGACAUGAUCCUGAUCCUCGGUCUUCCGAGGACCGGGACACAGUCACUGAAAGAGGCGUUGGAGAUUCUCGGCCACCCUCCCGUCUACCACAUGAGCGAGGUGCCCUCCCACCCGACACACUACCGCCUGUGGUCCCGGCUCAUCGAGCGCAAGGUCGCGCAGCCCGACAUCCUCCUCACCGCCGCCGACUUCGACCCCAUGCUGCGGGACUACCCGGGCGGCUCCUCCGACGUCCCCUCCGCCCUCUUCGGCCUCGACCUGCUCCACGCGUACCCGCGCGCCCGGGUGCUCAUCACCGAGCGCGACGAGGCCGCGUGGAUGGACUCAAUGCGGCGCACCCUGGUCAUCGCCCACCGCGAGCACCAGGCCCGUCGCGAAGAGAUCCUGCGCAAGGGAGAGGCGAUCGACGGGCUGGACGAGGACAAGCACGGGCUGCGCGCGGGCUACCACGCAUGGUGCUGGAAGGACGAGUUCGACACGCACGGCGCGGCAUACUGGCAGCGGUACCAGAGGGAGGUCAGGGAGGCGGCGGCGGCGAGCAGGGCGCAGGGGGACGUGCUCGUGUUCAACCCGGGGGAUGGGUGGCGGCCGCUGUGCGAGUUCCUCGGGAAGCCUGUUCCGAGCGGCGUCGAGUUUCCGCACGAGGGCAACAAGAGCGUCUGGUCCACGCAGGCUCGCGUCAUUCCCUCCAUGGCCGCACCCACCACCCGCAGCCUCCAGGUCGUCGUCGUCGGCGCCGGCCCCGCCGGUCUCUGCGCCGCCGCCGCCCUGCGACAAGACGGCCACGGUGUCACCGUUCUCGAGCGGCAACCCAGCCUGCAAUCCCGCGGCAACGCGCUCGUCAUCCAGCCCGCCGCCGUGCGCGCCCUCUCACACCUCCGCGGCGCCCACGCGGCCCUGGCGGCCGCCAGCGUGCGCGGCAGCGACGCCCUCCGCUACUGGUCGUACCGCGGCGACACGCCCUUCGCGGCGGUCCGCAUGACGGGCGUCCGGCGCUUCGAGACGGACAGGCCGUCGGUGCAGCGCGUCAUGCACGAGAUCGCGGUGCGCGACGGCGUCGAGGUGAGUUUCGGGAGGAACGUCGAGCGCGUGGAGGAUUCCGGCGACAAGGCCACGUUGUGGACGAGCGACGGCCAGGCUAUUGAAAGCGACCUCAUUGUCGGUGCAGACGGAAUCAAGUCCGGGAUACGCAAGUGUCUCUUCCCAGAUCGCGACACCGACCCCGUUCCCCUCCGCGAGUCCAUCUUCCUCGCCACCCUCCCCCUCGCAGAGAUCCGCGACGACCCGGCUCUCACAGCGUGGCUCGUCCCCGAAAACACCACGCACGGCACCCUCGGCCCCGGCCGCUUCGUGCUCAGCCGGCACCUCCCCGGCGGCAAGUACGGCGCGCAGUUCAUCGACGUGGACCACGGCCCGCCCGGCGCCGUCGACGGCACCUGGAACACGCCCGCCGACGUGCCGGCGCUGCGGGAGCGCUUCGCGGACUUCAACGACGUCACGCGCGCGUUCCUACGGCGGAUCGAGAGCGCUGAGCGGUGGCAGAUCGCCGUCGGCCCGGAGCUGGCGUCCUGGCGCAGCGCGCGCGGCGGCCGCGUCGUGCUCCUCGGGGACGCGGCGCACGCGAUGGUGCCGCAUGCCGCGCAGGGCCUCAGCCAGGGCAUCGAAGACGGUAUCGGUCUCGCGCGCGUGCUGCGCGGCGCCGAUCAGGGGCGCGUCGGGGUGGCCACGCGUGCCUGGGAGGCGCUGAGGAAGCCGCGCGCGGAGCUCUUCGUCCAGCGGUCCCUGAACAAUGCCCGCCUGCGCAGCCUGCCGGACGGUGCGGCGCAGGAGGCCCGUGACGCUCAUAUUAUGCGUCUCGCAAGUGCGAAGCCAGCGGAGGCCGUCGAUGUCAAGAUGGACAUGAAGGCGGAUCAGAACAGCCCGGAGUUUAUCAAGUGGGUGCGCGAGUACGAUGUCGUCGCCGAGGUUGACAACAUCAUCAGGAACAGAUUGUAA